UAAAGACGCUGGGAGUCGGCGGGGGCGGAGCUAAGCGACUUUAUAAAGAAGCCGGGACGCGGCGGAGAACCAGGUCUCACAUGGUCUCACCACCAGAGGAACACUUUCCUGUUCAGAGUCCGCCGUCCAACCGACCUGGAAGAGAUAAAACGUGAAACCACAAGAAUGGAAACGGUGCAGGAACUCGUCCCCUUCGUCAGAGAGAUGCUGAGCCAGAAGCCCAACCGCGGGAUGCUGAAGGUGUAUCUGCUCGGCACAGUGGUGGCGGUGGUCGGCACGGUGGUGGGCACGGUGGUCGGCCUGGUGGACACUGUGUGCCAUCCCUUCUCCGGGGAGGGCCCUGACGACGCCGAGAUGGCCAUGCUCAUGUUGGGAGAGUCGAGGAGGAGGACAAUAGUAGCGGGCCUGCCUGUGAAGAGACGAGGAAGAGAGCAGCAGGAGGAGGUCCAGAGAGGGACCUGUUUGGAGACAGACAAGACCGCUGCAGCCCUGUCGAAGACCCACGGACCACAAGCUCUCAGAACCGCAGCGAACCGACUUCAUGCGUCCUGAUGGAGCGUUUUAAAUGGACUUUUAACAAGAAAAUAUGUAUUUAUUAUUGUGUGUGUGUGUGUGUGUGUGUGUGUGUGUGUGUGUGUGUGUGUGUGUGUGUGUGUGUGUGUGUGUGUGUGUGUGUGUGUGUGUGUGUGUGUGUGUGUGUGCGCCCCCCUGCUGGGUCAGGGUCUUUGACUCCCAGAGGUCUGACUGACUGCUGGUCAGUUUGACGCAGCUCCUCGGGUCAAAAUGAUUUUAUAUAUAAAGUGUUUGUCUAAGGAGUCAUACUCAAGUCUAGAUAUUGCAACUUUUCCAUCGGAAUAAACAUUUGUUUUGAUAAAAUCUGAA